CGGAAGCUCUCGUCGGCCUGGCGGAUAUUUAUCCUGAAUUCCAAUCCCAACUCCCACCUUACAGCUUACAAUUCGAAGUCUCUUCUACGCUCGCUUAUCCUCAACAAGAACAGGUCCUCAAUCCCUCUACCUAACUUUACUUAUCGUCGUUUAUCAUUCAACAAAUACCCGGUGAUCGCGGAAGACAUUACCCGAUCCCAAGUGGGUUGGAGAAAACGAGUCCGGGAGCAUUGAGCUCAGACGGACCAAGAUGGGCUUCACCACGGGAUUUCUCGGCGGUCUGACCUUGACCUAUUCCAUUCUCUAUUACUCGCUCUACGUCCACCGCGCGAACCGAAGUGUCCAGCGAACGUUAGUCUCGCAGUCAGCGACACUGCUCAACUCGGCUGUCGAUCCUCCGCCCGAGCUACCAGACCCGCCAGCAUACGAAGUUCGCAAAGCAGGACUCGCCGAGGAGCUCAAGGACCGUUGGAACACCGAGAUUGAAAAGCUGGUCCACAACUUCCAGGAGACGGAUUGGGCCGAGAAGCGUGCUCUGCUGGAGGAGCAAGUGGUCGCUGCAUGGCGCAAAGUCAAGUCUUCCGAAUCCGCCCACGAGCUGGAGUUCAAGGCCAGAGAGUUGGAGCAGAGGGUCAAAGAUACCGUCACUGCUGGGACCGAGAAGGUGAAGGAUACCGUUGCGCGUGAAGCGGAAUUGGUGAAGAAUGCCAUCGCCCACGAAACCGGGAAAGUCAAAGAUGCCGUCGCCCGUGAGACCGACAAAACGUUGACUGCAGCGGAGGAUAAGGUCAAGGACCAAACACCAACUAGAGAAAAGCGAUUGCUGGAAUUGUGAUGAAUGGCCCACCCUGACUGUUGCUAUUGUGAAUCAAUGCACUCCCCCGCCAUAACACGAUCGUCUUCUCAAACUGCCCUUCCGGCAAUGGUUCUGACCAGUUUCAAUCAACAUUCAGUCCAUAUUGCGGCAUCGCCGGACACCCUGCGACUAUAAAAACGCCUCAUACCCGGGCAUGCACAGCGGAUAACUAUGACUCCGAUCCUUGCCGCCACCGUGCAGACACUCCGCUAAUUUGCGGGCCUUGCCAUUUGUUUCGGUUGGCCAUAUGACCAAUGGCUGGCACAGCAGAGAACUGCUUAGGUGCCGUACAUGGCAUUUGUGCUGCGUCGCAAACAACGAGAGCUUGUCAUUUAACAUGACAUACCCUCUUCACGAGCCGCUAGAAAGCAUGCAAGGCUGGGUUUUGAAGCAUAAACGAGGAAGCUCUCUCAAUCGCCGGCGGUUCUGGAGUGAAACAGAACAGGCCAUCAGAGAAAAGCAGGAAGGGCGACAUGCGAGGACAAGCAUCACAUGGGGAUGUUGUCAUGGGCGUGGCGGUCAUAGUUUGCAGGGUCCUAAAGGGGUUCUUGGAUGGUUUCUAUAUCCGCCUCCAGAGCGUCUGCCACGUCGUGAUGAUACUAGAGUAAGGCCGGCUUGACCGAGUGCUGGUCUCUCGCCUUUUAAGAAGAGACAGAAAUUUGAAAGGGUACAGCCCAACCCAAGUUCAUAUCAUUGUGUUUCAUAUCCUCCCCGGCUUUUCUUGAGCAAAAUCAUGGCUGAAAAAAGGAAAUUCUAUGAAAAGCAGACUCCAUACAACACCAUGCGCGCGUCUCUCCGUUCCAAUUCCUUUGUCUCCCAGGCAAACUCGGAGGCCUGCAUACGUAGUCAUCACUUCGCUCGUCAAUCUUUGUAUUCAUUCCUUAGUUCAUCAU